AUGCUUAAGCAGAUUACCUCUCCCGAACAAAGUGCUUUUGUGCCGGGGCGACUUAUCACUGACAAUGCACUUGUGGCUUUUGAGGUGUUCCAUUCAAUGAAGAGAAGAGGUGAAGGGAAAGACGAUACUGUGGCUUUAAAGUUAGAUAUGAUGAAAGCCUACGAUCAAGUUGAAUGGGAAUUUUUAGAAAAGGCGAUGCACAAACUCGGCUUCUGCGAUGAGUGGACACAAAAAAUCAUGGGCUGCCUCUCUUGCUUUUCUUUCUCUUUCAAGCUCAAUCGAGAGAUUAUUGGGAAGGUGGUGUCGCAUAGGGGUCUUCGACAAGGAGACCCAAUAUCUCCAUAUCUCUUCCUUCUAGUGGCGGAUGCAUUUUCAAGACUACUUUUGAAGGCUUCUAGGAAAAACAUUAUUCAUGGUGCGAAGAGCAAAUCCUACGGAGUGUUAAAAAAUUGCGGAUUCUCCGUAUUUAUGAAAGAGCUUCAGGGCAAAAAAUUAAUUUUAGCAAAUCAGAGGCAACAUUUAGUAAGAUUGUCACAGUGGAUAGAUGAAAAAGCAUAUGUGAAUCUCUUGGAGUCAAGGAGAACUCCCGAUGGACUCAUUGAUGAGAUACCUUCGAUCUUUGCUCGUUUUUUGGUGGGGCAAUGUGGUGAGAACAAGAUGCAUUGGAAGAGUUGGGACACUCUAUGCCUUCCGAAAUCAAAAGGGGGAAUGGGGUUCCGGAAUCUUACAGUUUUCAAUCAAUCACUACUAGCAAAAGGGUGGAGAUUGAUGCAAUGUGGGGAUACACUCCUUCACAGAGUGUUAAAAGCCAAAUAUUUUAAACACUCUGAUUUUUUGGAGGCGAGGAGAGGCUUUGAUCCAAGUUAUACUUGGCUUUGGGGAGCUAAGUCACUGCUCCUUGAAGGGCUACAUUGGAGGGUUGGAAAUGGACGAGAUGUUUGA